GGGGCUAGGCAGGCUAAGUAAAUAGCCGCGUUCAACCGGCAUUUUCGCAGGUAUUGUCACCAGUGCGUUGGGCGUUGUCUUCUGUUAUAGAACUCGAGAAAAUCAAUAUGCCUACCUACAAGCUGACUUAUUUCCCCGUUAAGGCAUUAGGCGAGCCAAUUCGCUUCAUAUUGAGCUAUGCUGGUGUAGAAUUCGUCGAUGACCGCUUUAAUCAGGAAGAUUGGCCGAAGAUUAAGCCGACUACGCCAUUCGGCCAAGUACCCGUACUUGAAAUAGACGGAAAAAAGGUCAAUCAAAGUUUUGCUAUCUGCCGUUACUUGGCGAAGCAGUACAAACUUGCCGGCAAGAACGAUUGGGAAGCACUGGAAAUCGAUGUUACUAUUGAUAAUAUCAACGAUUUACGCGCCAAAAUUGCGGCUUUCCACUACGAGACCAACGAGACAGUUAAAGCGGAGAAACGCAAGGUUGCUGACGAGCUGGUGCCGUUCUACUUGGAGCGUCUCGACGCACAGGUGCAGAAGAAUGGCGGUUACUUCGUCGGUGGCGCUGUGAGCUGGGCCGAUCUCACUUUUGUCGCACUUCUGGAUUAUUUGAACCAUAUGCAUAAGGAAGACAUCAUCGAAAAGUACGAGAAUCUGAAGCAACUUAAGCAGAAGGUUCUAGAGAUACCGAACAUCAAGAAAUGGGUCGAGAAACGUCCGCCAUCUGAUCUUGGUUCCGUGAUCAGCAUGUCGAUUACAGGAGAAGAUGAGAAAAAUACACAAUUUCCAUUUCCUACACGUAAAAUCUGUAUGUGUGUGUGUCUCUGGAAGAACAUGCCGACGUACAAGGUAACAUAUUUUAACAUUACCGGUCUAGGCGAGCCAAUUAGGUACUUGCUCAGCCAAAGCGGGAUUAAAUUCGAAGAUGUCAGACUCACCUUCGAUGAAUGGCCGAAACAUAAACCAAACACGCCCUUGGGACAAUUACCGGUUCUCGAGAUCGACGGUCAAAAGUAUCCUCAAUCUAAGGCCAUCAGUCGCUUCAUCGCCAAGAAGGGCAAUUUAUAUGGGUCCGACGAUAUCGAGGCGUUGGAGAUCGACGCCACGGUCGAAACUAUCGACGAUUUGAGAGUAGCUUUGAGUACGUAUUACUGGGAACAGGAUGCCGCCUUGAAAGCAAAACUCAAAGAGACCGCUGAUCAAAAAUUGCCCUUCCUGCUCGAAAAGCUGGAGGCUCAAGUUAAGAGCAACGGCGGACACUUCGUCCGUGGCAAGUUAUCAUGGGCAGAUCUUUUGUGGGCUGCGUAUUGUGAAUAUCUAUCGGUUGUCUUGGCUGGAGAUCCGAACAAGGAUCAUCCGGAAUUGAAGAAGUUAGUGGAGAAGGUCCGCGCGCUUCCCAAUAUUAAAGCUUACAUCGAGAAGCGACCGAAGACUGAAUUGUAAAUAAAACAGUCUAUGCUUUUAUACUUUCACUUUGAUUUCAUGUUAUAUCAAUGUUGCUCUUUUCUAAAUUUUUACAGUUUUGUAAAAAAAAUUUGUGUUAAUUCGGAGUAGUUUUAGCCGGUUACUCUGCAAUCUAACAACUGAUAUCGCUAUAUGAUAAGCGUAAAAAGAGAUUAAGAUCCAUCGAAUAAACAUGAUUUAAUUUUA